AUGGAUGUCCUCAGCAACGAAAAAAGAUGGCUUGUGACUCUUGUUACCUCAAAUAAGAUCGUAGCUCCAGCUUUACGGGAGGUCAUUCAAAAUGGAAUGGAAGAGCUGUAUACUACCCUAGAUGAUAGAUUAUCAAAAUCUUACAGUCUAAAAACACUGACCUACGAAGAUGUGAGACAUUUAGCAGCCACUCCAAGUCCUUGGCUUAAAGACUUACAUUUCGAAAAUAUCAACAACAAUUCCGAUGUGAAAGGAGAGAACAAAAAGACCCGCUACAACUACAAUGUAAACAGCUCAGUUGAUCUUGCCAAGCUUUAUCUCCCAGACUACCUUGCAGAAUUCUCGGCAUUCGACAAGUCUAUGGAUUUAAGUGCCUCUCUUAGACUUCUGGGAUGUAGGAUGUAUCCCAAACAAAUAUUCGUGUCUUCCGAUCCUUCGCACAAUAUUCAGGAGUUGGCAGAUGAUGUCAGAAAAAAUGUUAGGAAUAAGGGAGCUCAUUUUAAAGAGAAAGACUGGACCCCAAUCUUCUUUGACCAGUGCUUUGAAAUGUUAAAGGCUCUACUCCAAUGUUUGCCCCUGCUUCCCGACGAAAAGAAGAAGGAGCUUUCGGAUCAACUUUCUACAUGGAAAACAGAAGGUAUCGAGCUGAUUGUUUACGAUGACCUCCAAGAGGUACUAGAAGAAUUCCGUAAGGUCGAAUUUGCUUCAAUUCAUGAAAAAUUGGGCGACAUACCAACUAAAGAGGAGAAAGAAAGAGGGAUAAAAACGCUGUUGAACAUUCGUGCCGAGGUGAUGGAUGGAUUUUGUAGAGUGGAACACUCACUUCAAAAGUUGAUGAAAAAGAUAGACAGCAUCAGAGACAGUGCCGCUCUAACUCAAUAUAUUAACAAGAGUGUUCACUCUACAGGAUCAAGCGUCCUUUAUACAGACGCCACUUCCAAUGAAACCCACCAAAUGAGGGGAAAGGUCAAAAUUCCACUUCGAUAA